AUGUCGUUGAAACAACUUGAUAAGGAUAAUCUAGCCACUAACGCUCUCACAUCUCUGGUGGAAAGAUGUAAAAACGACCCAAAACUGUCCAACGACAAGAACAUACACAUGGUAAUCAAUACGGAAAAGCCUAUAGGCCUGAAAAACGAUCAUGUUCCGCGUAUUAUCCCACUCACCAAAUGCAGAAUGCACAAGCCUGGAGACCUCCGAAUUCUACUCAUCACAAAAGAUCCAUCCACGCUAUAUAGGAAAACUCUGACAGAGGAUCCUGCUACCGCAGAUUUGUUUAAAACUGUACUUUCCGUCAGAAACCUCAAGGGUAAAUACCGUGGCUCCAAGCUUAAUAAGCUCUUCAAGGAAUACGAUUUGGUGGUCGCAGACUACAGAGUGCAUCAUCUGCUUCCCUCGAUUCUUGGAAGCGCUUUCUAUCACAGUAAGAAAAAACUACCAUUCAUCGUUCAAAUGGCUCGCAAUGCGAAAAUCAAAGGUCAGAAACUUCCUGAAGAGUGCGACUCUUCCUACGUUCGUGCUCAAAUCAGAAGCAUUGCCAAAAAUACAUUUUACGUCCCAAAUGUUGAUAACUGUCUGAGCGUGAAAAUUGGUGAAGUUGGCAUACACACACCGCAAGAAAUGGUCCACAACAUCCAGGACGUUGUUUCGUUUCUCACCGACAAAUCCAAAAAACCGCAGGGCGGCGUCAUCAGAGGUGACAUAUCGGGCAUUUUCGUCAAGACUAGUAACAGUACGAGCUUGCCGAUUCUCAGGCUGGAAAAAAAAGCUGCCGUUACUGUAGACGAUGAACUUCGAUUGUAA